AUGCGCUUGGCCAAAGAUUUGAAGCAAGGACUUUCACUUAAAGUGCUAUUCUUUUCUAUUGUCAGACUUAUUCUAGAAUAUGGUAGUGUAGUGUGGGAUCCUUAUACUGCCUUGGGCUCGCUACAGCUUGAACGAGUUCAGCGAAAGUUCCUACGCUUUGUCAACUACUCGCUCAACAUACUCUGUCCAAAUCACGAUUAUGCCCCUGUCUCGUAUUUGCUUGGACUAUCGUCAUUAGCUGAACGUAGGCGCAAUGCUGGAAUUAAUUUCCUAACUGGUUUAUUGGAUGGUAAUAUUGAUUCGCAGAGCCUGUUGUCCCUCAUAUGUUUCAGAGUACCUCAGCGCGCAACAAGAAAUAAUGCUCCAUUUGUUGCCUAA